AUGAUGCAUCCAAGCCUUGCAGCUGCCUUCCUUUUCUUGCUGGGCUUGUCAUAUUGUUUGACACUGCCUAUUCCUCAUGAAGACAGUGAUGAAUUCACAACGGAAGACCUCCAGUUUGCAGAGCGCUAUCUAAAGACACAUUACAACCUACGUUCCAGUCCUGCUGGCAUAAGGAAGAAGAAUGCCAACUCCGUGGCAGCCAAACUUCGAGAAAUGCAGUCUUUUUUUGGGCUGGAGGUGACUGGCAUAUUAGAUGAAGAAACAUAUGAGCUGAUGCAACAGCCAAGAUGUGGUGUCCCCGAUGUGGGGGAAUACAACUUUUUCCCUAGAAAACUAAAAUGGUCAAAAAAUAAUUUAACAUACAGAAUUGUGAAUUACACUCGAGAUCUGACACGUGCUGAAGUGGACAGAGCAUUCAAAAAGGCAUUCAAGGUUUGGUCUGAAGUGACACCACUGAACUUUACUAGAAUUCGUAGUGGCACUGCUGAUAUCAUGAUUUCCUUUGGAACUAAAGAACAUGGUGACUUUUAUCCCUUUGAUGGACCUUCUGGAUUAUUGGCUCAUGCUUUUCCUCCUGGACCAAAUUAUGGAGGAGAUGCCCAUUUUGACGAUGAUGAAACCUGGUCAACUGAUUCCAGAGGAUACAACUUGUUUCUUGUGGCUGCCCAUGAAUUUGGUCACUCUUUGGGACUUGAGCACUCCAGAGACCCGGGAGCUCUGAUGUUCCCUAUUUACACCUACACUGGCAACACUGGGUUCUUGCUUCCUGACGAUGAUGUGCAAGGGAUCCAAGCUCUCUAUGGUGCAGGAGACAGAGAUCCCAACCCUAAACACCCCAAAACUCCAGAGAAAUGUGAUGACAAUUUGUCACUUGAUGCAAUAACAGAACUUCGAGGAGAAAUGGUGAUCUUCAAGGACAGGUUCUUCUGGCGCCUACAUCCUCAGAUGGUUGAAGCAGAACUGGUGUUAAUUAAGUCAUUUUGGCCAGAACUUCCAAACAAGAUUGAUGCUGCCUAUGAAAACCCCAUGAAAGAUCAUGUGUUCAUAUUUAGGGGCAAGAAAUUCUGGGCUCUGAAUGGCUAUGACAUAGUUGAAGGUUACCCUAAAAAAAUAUAUGAAUUGGGAUUCCCCAGAGAGAUGAAAACAAUAGAUGGGGCUGUCCACAUUAAAGACACUGGCAAGACUGUCUUUUUUACUGGAGACAAGUACUGGAGCUAUGAUGAAGAAAACCAAGUUAUGGAAAAAGGCUACCCCAGACUGAUAGAGGAAGAAUUCCCAGGGAUUGGCAAUAGAGUGGAUGCAGUCUACCAAAAAAAUGGUUACAUCUACUUUUUCAACGGACCACUGCAGUUUCAAUAUAGCAUUUGGAGUAAAAGAAUUGUUCGUGUCUUGAAAACAAACUCCAUAUUCUUGUGCUAAUCACUUUCAACUUGGGUACCAUGCUGCAGGCUGUAGAACAGCCUACAGCAAAUGGAAAUAUUAUUGUGGGAAUAGGGAUUUAUAGAGAAUGAUUCUGUGAAGAAACUCUGUUUAUCUACCACCAAAUCUAUACUGUAUAUAUGGGAACUAUAUAGCUUAUGUCAGUCUGGAACUGAAUUAAUUUAAUAGGAGGAGAGAGAAGAAAAUGAUUAGCCUUUCAAGGGACAUUAGACCAUUUAAAAUUAAUGCAGAACCAAACCAGAUCCCCCUUCAAGAUGCUGAAUGCAUCCUGUGAGAUGGCAAGGACAAACAACUCCAAUAAUUUGAGGGUGUGUAGCAUCUUGUAAGAGGUUCUUGGCACCUCUCAGAAACAUACCAGUGGUGACCACUAUUUAAGUAAUUAGGGCUAAUUUUGCAGCCCUUACCUUAGGAAAAAUUCCAUUAGAUCUUUGGGAUUUCAUACAUGUAAAGAAUGGGUCAGGACAGCAGGAUUGAUACCAGGAGUGUGGAGAUACCAGCUUGAGAUAUUGGAGUUAUGGAAUGUGAAAAUGUUUUCAUACUGGUGUGUCCCCAUGGAAACCACUGACCAUGGCAUCUUUACAACAAGCCAGAGUGAGGAUGGCGAAACAGCAAGGUGCCUAAACCAGGCUCAGAGGAAACCAUUAGCCUGAAUGACACUGUAGAAACCAGGAAGAGAUGGCAAACACCAAGAGUUAUGAGAUACUCAGGGAAGGAGGCUGCAAUCUAGCUCUAAUAUAGAUCAAUUGCGAGCACUCCAGGCCUGAUCCACCCCUGCUGUAAACUGACGCAGCUCCACUGAUGUUCAUUGGAGUGAUGCUGAUUUACAACAGCUGACAAUCUGACUAUCCAUUUCAAAAUGUUAAAAUUAUACCUUUUGGUGUUUUUAAAGUCAAAGUUUUUAAUCCAUUUUAUAUUUAUUUCAA